AUGUCUCAAGUGGGUUUCAACCCUUAUAUUCUGAAACUGUGGCCCUCACAGGGCGCGCUCGCUGGCUCUCACCUGACAGGUCCCUGGCCUCAGGACGACAGCCAGCACCAACACGUCCCCUACAUGAGGGACAAAGCGACGCAGACCCCCAGGGCCUGGGCAGAUGAGAGGAGGAGGGGCUCUCACAAACGCUCGGCCUCCUGUGGGAGCACCGACCAGCUCAAGGAGAUUGCCAAAUUGCGUCAGCAGCUUCAGCGCAGCAAACGCAGCAGCCGCCACCGGAGGGAUAAAGACCGCAAGUCCCCGUUCAAUGGCAGCCAUACCAUCAUCCAGUCGCAGUCGCCUAUGCCCAAAACCAUUCUGAUACCCAUCCCUAUAUCCAAGUCCUCGGCCCCUCGCUUCCGCAACAGCGUGGAGGGCCUCAACCAGGAGAUCGAACGCAUCACCAUCCAGGACGCCCCUGAAAAGGACGAGACCAUCGUUCCUCAGGAUGUCCCAGAUGGGCACCGCGCACCCCCACCUCUGCCCCCGCAGCGCAGCAGCAGCACCCGCAGCAUCGACACACAGACUCCCUCCGGGGGCGGCCUGAGUGGUAACCAUAGCAACUGCAGUAGCCGUCCCGACUCCAUCUCGCCCUCCUACCUCACCGUCCUCAAUGACAUGGGUGGAGGCAGCCCCUAUGAGGACAAAGAGCUGAGCCCCUGCUCCCCGCUGCCUAAGUACGCCGCCUCCCCCAGACCCAACAACAGCUACAUGUUCAAGAGAGAACCUCCAGAGGGCUGCGAGAAGGUCAAGGUGUUCGAGGAGUCCAUGCCCAAACCUCUGCAGGAGAUCCCUCCCUUCUUGUGUCCCGACCGCAACAAGGUCAACUUCAUCCCCAACAGCGGCUCUGCCUUCUGCCUCGUCAGCAUCCUCAAGCCCUUACUCCCCACCCCGGACCUCAACUUUCGCCCCGGGGUGGGCCUCCGAAGCCUGUCCCCGUCCCUCGUGCCUCUGUCCACCCAGCCCUGCCUCCUGGAGGAGCCUGAGAGCUUCUGA